GCAGAGUAUUGGACUAUGUAAUGUGGCAAAGGGUUUGCAAUGGAGGGGACAGUGCUGACAGCAGGAGCGGAGAAGCCACAGAAGCGGGUAAGGUUCCGCGUGGCUUCGGGGAACAGCGGCCGGGUGCUGAAGGAGAUGUUCAAGGAUGAAGGGCCUUCAGACUCACUGGAUUCAGACUGCACCAGCAGUUCCGAUGCUGAGCGAGCCAGUACACCCUCUACAAGUGGAGAUGCACACGGACACCUGUAUGGUUACUUGGGCUCUGAGCUGGACGACAGUGAGAGCGAGCCCGAUGACCUGCUCUUGUAUGCAGGGGCCACGAAGGACUGGAUGUUCACCACCAAAAGGGUCAACAUUCUCAGUAAAAAUGGGACUGUGAGAGGGGUAAAGCACAAAGUCAGCGCAGGUCAGACGCUGUUUGAAAACCUUCCUAAUUCCAACAGCAUGGAGUUAUCUCUUGAGUUUGGGCGAAUAGUUAUCUACACCACGAGUUUCCGUGUGGUGAGGACAACUUUCGAGCGCUGCGAGCUGGUUAGAAAGAUCUUCCAGAAUCACAGGAUGAAGUUUGUGGAGAAAAACAUCGCCCUGGACAUCGAGUACGUGAAAGAGUUGGAGGAGAGGUGCAGGCGUGUGGGUGAACCUCCUUCAUUACCAGUGGUAUUCAUUGAUGGACAUUACCUUGGGGGUGCUGAGAAAAUACUAAGCAUGAAUGAAUCAGGAGAGCUGCAAGAUCUUCUGACAAAAAUUGAGAGGGUACAGCAUCCCCAGACGUGCCAGACCUGCGGGGGCUUUGCCUUCAUCCCGUGCCCAAUGUGCCAUGGCAGCAAGAUGUCUGUGUUUCGCAACUGCUUCACGGAUUCUUUCAAAGCCCUCAAGUGCACUUCCUGCAAUGAGAAUGGCCUGCAGCCCUGUGCAAGCUGCAGCCAGUGAGGAUGUUAAGUGCCUGGACAGACAUCCCUCCUUUUUUUCUUCAGGACCGGAACUAGAACUCUACAGCAACACAGGCGAUGAAAUGCAUCAGGAAUCUUCUUCCAUGGCCAUUGUAGCAAAGAAAAAUGAAAAUUUCUAAUAAAAUUUGUGAACUUGUUGAUAUGAGUAUGUUGAAUCUUGAUGCAACUUAUGAUCUGGUGCUAUGGUGUUAAUGUGUACACAAUUCUCAUUUAAAAUAGUUAGUCUGGGACUGAUUAGAGAGAAAAAUAAAGUCCACUGUGGGGUCAUGAACUAAUCCGUCCUCUGGUAUAGUAUAUAAGCUUGUUAGUGAGGAGGCUACUUAAUUAACAAUUCUCUCCUCACUAAUCCCAUAUCAGACACAGUUGGGGAUAGCAGACACUCAGGACAAACAGUGAAAGUCAGGGAAUCAGUUUCCAGACAGCAGAAGGCAGGAAACUGGAACUUCUUUCCCAACAGGGCAAACACACCAUUUGUACCUGUCUUAAAAUAAAAACAUAUAAUACUGUGCAAAUAUUUUAAUCCCUUUAUGCAUUUGUCAUGCAGUAACAUUAUUGAGCUCAUAAUUUAUCUGUCAUGACAAAACUGGGUCCUGUGACAUCUUCAUGGACUGAAACUUUCAAAGUAUU